AUGGAGAGCUACUCAGGACUCAGUGUGGACUGCAGAGCCCUGGCCAAGAUGAGGGGAAUGCUGAUCUUGGGGUUCUUGCUAAUCACCCCCGGCUGCUUUGGCUUCUUUGAAGAUUUGGCCAAGUGCUUUCAGGACCCCAAUUAUGAGUCCAUCCUCCUCACAGCCCAGAAGGGGCUCCCCACCUCCCCACUGCGGAAGCGUGUGGUAGUCGUGGGAGCUGGCAUGUCGGGCCUCGUAGCAGCCAAAGCCCUGCAGGACUCUGGUCACCAGGCAGAAGCGACUCACGCCCUGGGGUCUCACACACCUUCACCAUUAUGGUGUCUGUUUGCCUUAAGUGUAAACCGGAACCACGGCUUCUCCCCAAACACCGACAAAACCAACACCAAGCUUGUCCACACCUAUAUCCAGAAGCUUGGCUUGAAGUUGAACAAGUUCAUCCAGUAUGAUCCCAAUACCUGGUACUUCAUCAAUGGAAAACGCUAUCGUGCCUGGGAGGUCAAGGCCAACCCAGAACUCCUAGGCUACUCUGUGCACCCCACGGAGAAGGGCAAGAGUGCAAUAAAUCUCUUCCAUCAGUCCAUCAACAAGCUCAAAGAAAAUCUGAAAACAUUCAAUUGCAGCCAACUGAUGUCCUUAUAUGACUCCUAUUCCACCAAGGCUUACCUGCUAAGGGAAGGGAUGCUGAGCCGAGGAGCAGUAGAGAUGAUCGGUGACUUGCUGAAUGAAGAUGCUGGAUACUAUAAAUCUCUCCUAGAGUCCCUGCGGAUUAAUAUGAUUGUCUCCAACAAUGAUGGCUUCAGUGAGAUCACAGGCGGCUUUGACCAGCUCCCCAAGGCCCUAGGUGCCAGCUUGGAGGCCGGCACCAUCCAGUUGCGGUCCAAGGUGGAAAUGGUCGUGAGAGAUGGGCCUGAGGUCCGGAUUUCCUACCAAGUUGGUGGACCCAACACAGGCGUGCACACCAUCACCGCGGACUAUGUCAUCAUCUCCGCCUCAGCUAAAGCCACCCGCCUCAUCACCUUUAAGCCACCUCUCUCCCCGCGUAAGGCAGAUGCGCUCCGCGCGCUGCAUUUCACCAGCGCCACCAAAGUCAUUCUGGCCUGUAACGAGUCCUUCUGGGAGCGCGAUGGCAUCCACGGCGGAGUCUCCAUCACUGACCGACCCUCGCGCGACAUCUACUACCCCAGCCACAGCCUGCCCAACGGCAAGGGCAUCCUGCUAGCCUCGUACACUUUGGAUGACGAUUCCAUGUUCUUCUUAUCCAUGCAGCAAGACCAGGUGGUGGACAUUGUCCUGGAUGACCUGGCAGCCGUGCAUCAGAUUCCCAAGGAUACCCUGCGGGGCAUGUGCCCUUCCUCUGUCGUCAAGCACUGGGCCCUGGACUUUUUCACCAUAGGUGCUUUUGCCGAGUUCACACCGUACCAAUUUGUGGACUUUUCACAACACCUCUUCCAGCCAGAGGGCCACAUCCACUUUGCUGGGGAGCAUACCAGUGUGCCCCAUGCCUGGAUAGACACUGCCAUCAAGUCUGGGCUCCUGGCUGCAAGGGACAUUCAGGCAGCCGUGGACAAGGAGGCUAUAUAG